AUGGAAGACGUGGACUUAGGGCUUCUCUUUCCCCGACAAUCGUCUGGCACCUGCUCAGCGGGGUCAGUAGCAGAGGAGGCAACGUGCGUACCAGAAUCGACAUGCGACGGUGCCUUCUUCCCGAAUCAAUGCGGCACAGGCUCAGAGUGCUGCUUCAUCCGCCCAUGCACCGUUUCCCAAGGAAGCGGAUUAUGCAAGAAUGAUACGCGCGAUGCGUGCGAUGGGGAUUUCUAUACGGGGGAUCCGUCCGACGCCCCCUGUCCCGGCGACGAUACCAUCCGCUGCUGCGUUACGUUCGAGAGCAUGAAUAACGGCACCGAUACAAACAAUUCUUCAAAUUUGAAUGGCUCUUCGAAUGGUCUAACAGGCUCACAAAUCGGCGGCAUAGUCGGAGGCGUAGUAGGUGGAGUUAUCGUCCUAUCCGCGCUAUUCUUAGUAUUCUUCUUUGGAUAUUGGCGGAAACGGCAACGGGAUCGUCAGGAUUUAAAUGUUCUUGAAACAACAGUGCAUGAGAAUAGGAAAGAGGACGAGAACGGUGGCCAAGGCAGACCCGUGAGUGAGGUUGAGGCGAAGGAGGUGGGGGAGUUGGACGCGGGGAAUGAGAGGAGGGAGUUGGAUGGGCAUGGGCAGGCUGUAUAUGAACUUGAGGGGCGGUCGGUUGAAGGUCGGAAGGGAUGA